GUUCGCGCUCCCCCCUCCCCUCCCGGCGCUUCGCGUUCUCCCUCGCGCUCGCCCCUCCCCUCGGGGCUCUUCGCCCCUCUCUCCUCUCGGGGGGCCCUCCUCCCCCCGGCUCCCGCGGCACUGUGGGUAGACAGCAGCCCCGGCAGUGGCAGCGGCGGCUCGGGGCAGCUCCGCCGGGGCGGCUGCGGCUGCGGCUUGAGCUUGGGCGGCGGGGGCUCGGCUCGGCCGCUGGCUCUGAGGCGCGGAGGAGGGGCCCGGGCCGGGGCCGGCGGACCAUGGCGGAGAAGCCGAAGCACGACGGGCGCGUGAAGAUCGGCCACUACGUGCUGGGCGACACGCUGGGGGUCGGCACCUUCGGCAAAGUGAAGAUUGGAGAACACCAGUUGACGGGUCAUAAAGUAGCAGUAAAAAUCUUAAAUAGACAGAAGAUUCGUAGUUUGGAUGUGGUUGGAAAAAUCAAAAGAGAGAUUCAAAAUCUGAAACUCUUCCGACAUCCGCACAUUAUCAAACUAUACCAAGUCAUCAGCACCCCAACUGACUUUUUUAUGGUAAUGGAAUACGUAUCUGGUGGUGAAUUAUUUGACUACAUCUGUAAACAUGGACGGGUCGAAGAGAUAGAGGCCAGGAGGCUCUUUCAGCAGAUUCUUUCUGCUGUGGAUUAUUGUCACAGACAUAUGGUUGUUCACAGAGACCUGAAACCCGAGAAUGUGCUGCUAGAUGCCCACAUGAAUGCCAAGAUUGCUGACUUUGGUUUAUCAAAUAUGAUGUCAGAUGGUGAAUUUCUGAGAACAAGCUGUGGGUCUCCAAAUUAUGCAGCACCCGAAGUCAUCUCAGGCAGGUUGUACGCGGGGCCCGAGGUGGACAUCUGGAGCUGCGGAGUGAUCCUGUACGCCCUCCUCUGCGGCACGCUGCCCUUCGACGACGAGCACGUCCCGACCUUAUUCAAGAAAAUCCGCGGAGGAGUUUUUUACAUCCCGGAGUAUCUGAACCGUUCUGUGGCUACUCUCCUCAUGCACAUGUUGCAGGUGGACCCCCUGAAACGAGCAACCAUCAAAGACAUAAGAGAGCACGAGUGGUUUAAACAAGAUCUGCCUAGUUAUUUAUUUCCUGAAGACCCUUCCUAUGACGCAAAUGUCAUUGAUGAUGAAGCCGUGAAGGAAGUGUGUGAAAAGUUUGAGUGCACAGAGUCUGAAGUGAUGAACAGCUUGUACAGUGGGGACCCUCAAGACCAGCUCGCAGUGGCUUAUCACCUCAUCAUUGAUAACCGGAGAAUCAUGAACCAGGCCAGCGAGUUCUACCUGGCCUCUAGCCCGCCCACCGGCUCCUUCAUGGAUGACAGCACCAUGCACAUCCCCAUUGGGCUGAAGCCACACCCUGAGCGGAUGCCGCCUCUAAUAUCCGACAGUCCCAAGGCCAAGUGUCCCUUGGAUGCUCUGAACACGACCAAGCCCAAAUCGCUAGCUGUGAAAAAGGCCAAGUGGCAUCUGGGGAUUCGUAGCCAAAGCAAACCCUGUGACAUCAUGAGUGAAGUCUACCGGGCCAUGAGACAGCUAGGCUAUGAGUGGAAGGUGGUGAAUGCAUACUAUCUUAGAGUAAGAAGAAAGAACCCUGUCACUGGCAAUUAUGUGAAAAUGAGCCUCCAGCUUUACCAGGUGGACAAUCGCAGUUACCUCUUGGACUUCAAAAGUAUUGAUGAUGAUGUCACAGAGCAGAAGUCUGGUUCUUCGACGCCUCAACGUUCAUGCUCUGCUGCUGGCUUACAUAGACCAAGGCUGAGUUUUGAUUCCACCACAGCUGACUGUCAUUCUCUCACUGGAUCCCUGACUGGCUCCUUGACAGGGAGUGUGCCUUCUGUAACUCCACGCCUCGGCAGCCACACCAUGGAUUUUUUUGAAAUGUGCGCCAGUCUCAUUACUACGUUAGCGCGUUGACAACGACCCGUCACUAGUCUCUGUCCUUGUGUUAUUGCACUAUGAGAAUCAAAUUUGUGUCUUUAAAUUAUUAUCUCCUCUUCUGGGUAUCUUAUAGAAACUGAACACGACACAAACUGAAAGAGGUAUCCUCUAGGGACACCCAUUUCCAUAUUGAUUAUUUAGUAGACUGACACUUUUAUCUAUUUUGCUCCUGGUCAAUUCCCCUAGGUGAUCUAUUCAAUAGGUAAAUAGGAAUGGAAGUGAUUGUGGUUUUAAGGCAGUCAGUUCAUGUAUAAGCUGAUUGGCAGCGUCCUUAUGCAUGGGCGUUUUGCAGCAUCAUUGAUUUCACUGUAGUCUCUGAUAGAUAUCAGGGUGACUGCAAGGUCCGUGCUAGGUGGUGAGGUGUUUGUAUCCCUCCCUGUUAUCUUCAGUUUACUUUAAUAAGUACUUAUUCAGCACCUACUGCAUGCAAAUAUGUGUGCAGGGUCCAACAAAUCUCUUUGUUUUUAUAAUUCAUCUAGCGGUUAGUCUGGUGUGGAGGGUUUGAGAGGGGAGAACUAGCCAAAGAAUUUUAGGGUCAAGAUUCUCCUGGUCUAGACAAAUCUCAUGUGGGGCAGCAUAGCAGGCUUAUGGUUCUGCAACAGGUUACAACCGUUCUAGGGAAGUCAUUAUUUGAAAGGGUCCUUUGAUCACCUUCGCACACCCACCUCAGGGUUUUUAAUCUCUAGCUUUUCAGAUGGGGUGAUUUCAGCUUUGGAACUCUUUAAAAGGAGUUUUCAAGGACUGUAACAAUGUCUGGACUUAUUGCCAUUUUGCCUGUAAGGACUUUCUUCCCAGUUUCGCGGCAUGCCUUUGAAACUCAUUCUCCUUCCCCUCAUGCAAAUCGACCGUUGCUUCAUUUCCUCUUUUACAGUUCUUUAAUAAUAGUGAAAUAGCCCCUUAAAUGAGAGAGCGUCCACCCUUGAAGGAGAACAUUUACCUCUGGUCACACAUUUGGCUCCGCUAUGGAACUUGUGAAUUCCAGUGGGCCAACCCUUCAUUUGUAGUUUGAUUCUUUCUUUUCCUCCCCCUCCCUCCCCAGCCUGCUUUUGCUCAUUGUUUUCUCUCUCCUCAAUAUUGAGCUUUCAGAGCCUUUUGAGGAGCCUUCUGUCUGUUGUUCUUUGUUCUGUCUGCUGGCCAUGGCCCUUGUCAUUUGGAAGCAUGAUUCCAACCCUCUGGGCCUCAGGUCUGGAAAUGAGAACAUGCAAAGCUUGAUGGGCUGUGACCGUACUGUGGAACGUAUCCGGAAGAGGGACUUUCCACACAUUUUGUCACAUAGCUCUAUCUGAUAUAUGGGUAGACACACGUGUAUACAUGCACAUGCCUGUGUCUGUAUGUUGACCUGGACUUAGUUGGGAGUUCUGAUUUCCCAUUUUCAGUAAGAAAAAGGAUUUUAAUUUCUUUCUCUAUUUCACACAUACCUACCUUGAUUUCUUUUUAUUCAGUGCUUCUAAGACUGAGAAUGCCAUCUUUCACUUGACUCAGACAAGAUACAAUAGGAUCAGAAGCCAGAAACAUGGCAUUGCUUUUAGGGACUAUGUUCCUCCAGCCUCUUGUAUCCGCGGCCAAGAAUUAAAUGAGGGCUCGAUAUCAUUUUCCCAUUCUGAAGAUGGUGCACACCUUUAUCCUGAAACAGUCGCCACGUCAGGAAUUGUCUUGGGCUACUAAUACGGCGGCGUGUUGUUUUGUAGGACUUUUAAAAAUGCUUUAAAUAUUUUGUAAAUGGUUUGAUUUUUACAGUCCAGACACGGGUUAUUUUUUUAAUGCAAAAAUGAACAUUAUUGCUAUUACUACUGUUUUUGUAAUGAUUUUCAUCCAGCAGAGCUACUGAAAUUUCGCCAUCUAGUGGCAACGUAGGAGAUUUGUUUUCCUUUCAGGCAGCCAGUGGUUACUGGGCGAGAUUCAGACUUUGCUUUUGAGAGCCGGGUCUUUCCUGCCCAGCACAUUUCAGGUUCUAAAUGUUUUUCGAGGGAAAAGUUGCUCUGUUUAUAGUGCACUGCUGCGGAGAGGAGUCUAGUGGCUAUAAACAGUUAGAAUAAGAGGACAACCCAAUUAACUUAGCCUCAGCCUUAGCCAGAGGAGCUCGGAAUGGUGGAAGCCGGCAAGCAUCGGGCAAGUUCACAACCAGUAGACAAGCAUUUCUCAAAUAUCAGUGAGGUGCCAGGUUCUGUGCUGGGCCCUGGCGAUCCGGAGAGAAAACUCAAAGAGUCCUUGCUCUCCACGAGUUCCCAUUGCAUUGGGGGAGCUGUCCUGUGUCCUUGUCAGGAAAUAGAAGCUACCCCAAAAGUAGGGCAAGGUGUUGGGGAGGUGUGAAGGGAGAUCCUGGCAGAUUGGCAGGGGCUGGUCGCUGUCAGGAAAGGCUUGAGGUAGGAGAUAGAACUUGGAGGAAGUCUUAAAGAAAAUUAAGAAUUCCAAGAGGGGGAGGUGAGAAAUGAAUGUGUUCCAGGCACGAGAGAUGUUACGACAAUAAUAUUAGUAUAAUGUACUUGUGAUUCAGAUUUUGACCAAACUUGUUCGCACAAUUGACUUUAAAACAAAAACUAAUAUUGUUUUUAGUACUUUGGGGAUAUUUUUUAUGAACUUUUCAUUCCCCCUCCCCUCUUCAUUUACCUAAGGUGCUUUCUGCAGUAGAAACAGCACUAUAAUUGGAUUUCUGGAGCCCAGGAUCAAAUCCCAGAUCAUCUGCUUCCCUUCUGUAUGAUCCCAGCCAAAGCCUUGGUCCUCCUUGAGCUAUUGUUUUCUCAUCUGCAAUGUGAAGGGAUUUGCUCGCUAAGGGACCUUCUAGUUUUAUCUCCUAUCUAUCACCUGUGAAUUUGGGGGCAAUUGUUCUACGUCUUGUGGACAUAGGAGAUCUCCAUUAAUUCUUGGUUUCAAGUGAGACCAUCCAAUGGGAUGCCCAGUGAAUAUCGUAAUGUUACUGGUAGGAAUAAUGUCUCUGAGUUGUUGGUCAUAAUGGGACUCAUGGGCUUAGUUUCCUAGGAAGUAGUUCUCUUGCCCAUAUUGUAGGAAAGCAGGGGAGCCAUGGGUCACCAGCCUCACCUUACUUAGUCCUAUGGGAAUAUGAUUCUUUUCUCCCAGUCCUUACUAUAGCUGACUUUCAUGGUAGCCAAUCUGAGGCAUCCCCAUUCGGACGCCUUAUACUUAACUAGUCUACAGUUGAGUAACCAAAGCUGCACAUCUGGUGGUCGAAGCCUUGACUUCAUUGCAAAAAUGCCAGUCUGGCUGGUACCCCAAGACUGGUACCCCAUCACUGGCCUGGAUAAUAACAAGGGUUUUGGAGUAGCAAGGCCUGAGUUAAAGUUUUGUCUAAUUCAUCUAAUUUCCCAUUUCCAUUAGAAAUGAUUCUCUCCUAAAUCAUAUUCACUUGAUUUUUAUCACGGAAUCUUAGUAUCCGAGACAAACGCUUUUCUUGAGCAAUUGCUGUACUAACAAUUAAUACAGUUUCAUGGCUACUGGAAUUUCAGCUAUGGAACUAGUGACCUUUGCCAACUACUUACUCACUAGGGAUGCUCUAGAGGAGUCUUAGGCUUGAGGUAAGGAUUGAACCUUUGAAGUUCUUUUUGUCUCAAAGAGUUUAUAGCACUUGGUCUUUCUAACCAAAGAGAAGAGUGUUCAGGUAUGGAAUUGGAUCAUCUCUUGGUCAAUAGCCGACAAGUGAUUGCUUGUACCUGAAAAGGAAUCCCCAGUUUUUUUUCUUCAGAAGGCGUUUGUGGAUCCUUAGUAAUCCUUAGAGUCCAACAUUAUCCAUGGUUUAGUAGUUGGAAAUAUGUGGAAGUCUAUCACUCAGCAAUUCUCAGAUGUUCCUUUCUGGAACAUGUAUUGGCCUGAAUCCUGAAGUAGCCUGACUCAUAAACAAGGGCAUCCUUGGGUGGGAGAUGCAACGAGGAAGAGAGCCAGUCACAUUUAGCCAUCAAAACCCAAAUAGUUCAGUGAACUUCACUAACUACAAGUGGCCGGUCUUCUAGGUCAGGGUGCUGGCUGUGGGAAACACAGUUUUCCAGUGAUGAUAACGGACUAGGAGUGGCAUUGACACAAUGCUUCGGGAGGUAGUAUAGGCUAUGGUUAGCCAGCCUUGGAAUUGAGAAGGCCUGGCUCUGCCCCUGACCUUAACCAGCUGGGCGAUGCUGGGCAGAUCUCUUCAGGUCUUAGACACCCAGCUUACUUAAAAUUAAUGAGCUGAAAAGCAGAUGCUAAUCUUCAGUGGGAGAUAGUUUCCUCACUGGCUGCUCUCUACCCCAGUGAAGUCACAAGCCUGGUCUAGAAACCCCUUUUUAAAUGUCAUAUUUGACCGUUUACAAUAUGCUUCCAAAUCAUCCAGGAGUAGAUUGUCUCUGGGAAAUAUGAAUCCUUAUGACUGUGUCCAAACAGCUGAUACCCAGGAGAUGCAAAUUACUUUUUAAUGUUGACCAAAGUAUGGCAUAUCUGAGAAAGUAAAUCUGAUUUGCUAUAAUAGGAAACAAUCAUCAGGCAUUCUAUAGCUGUAAGUGAUUUUUGGCUCCUCUGUAUUUUGAGUUAAUCUGUGGUUUCCAUUAGUGGAGACAACUGAAUGAGCUAAACCUUAUAUUUGUGUCACCUUCUGCCCUUGACUUUGAUUUGCUCUUCCAGUGUGACUUACUCUCAUCCUUUAUAACUAUUUAGCAGCUACCAUAGAAAUCAUAUCUUUCUUCAUUCAUUAGCUAAUACUACAUGCCCAGAUAGUAGUUAUAAGAGAAAAUAGAGGUUUUUAUUGGUGGGUUUCCCUUUACAGGAUUCCUUCCUCUCUAAGAGUCAAGUUCUUAGCUCUGACACAAGACCUGCUCCUGCUCUGGCAUUUCUUUUCCCAUGAAUGCUACAGCAGCCUUUUGCCAUGGUGAAAUUUACUUCCCUCAGUGGCUUUCCUUAGGGCAGUGUACUUUGGGGAAUGAAUUGAUGAAGGGUAGGUGCUGGCCUCCUUUGUCUGUAAAAGUGAAAGGUGAGUAAUAGGACCGGAUCAUCCUUUCUUGCUUGAAAACUAUCUUUUCAUGGUAGUGAUUGUGAGAGCUGGGACAAAUAUGAAGAUGUAUAGUAUAGCACAGAUAAUGCUAAGUAUCCGUUUGAUAGGACCUGUAUAUAAAACAUAGCCUUGAAUCUUUUAUAAAUAAGAUUGUGCUCCAGGAUGGCAGUGGCAGAACCCACUCAGUGAGCUAGACUUUGCAUAGAAAACCAGCCCUCCCGGCUCUGAACAAAGGGCUGGUCAGCAUUAGGAAGGAACACCAGCUUCCCUUGAGUGAGCCCUUGAAAAUUUGUAAAGUGCUGUUUGUGUCUGAAUUGUGUACUGGAAAAAAGAAAAUAUAGUUUUAUACCUUCAGUAAUAGCACAUAGCAGAAAGCAUACGGUGGUGUGUGAUUCAAUUAUGAACGGUUAAAUAAGAACAAUUUAUAAUUCAAUCAUCGUGAAUAAGAAUGGUUGCUCUUUUUCAACCAAGUGUUUAUAAAUAGGAUAUGUGGAGAAUUGAAAUUUUAUUUGUGGAACAGGAAUCUUGGACCCUUGGCUACUGGCCAUCUGGGUUCCCAGUUUUUGUCCAGUUUAUUCCAUAAUUAGCAAGGGUUUCAUGUGUGGGAGUGUGCAUGCAUGCACGUGUAGAGAAACAAAGAUUUAGAUGGCAGUAAUGUCGCUAGAAGAGCAUUGUAAACUCGAAACAAACAUGCGAUUUCAGUUUGAGACCUACAAGUGUCAUUUACAUUUGCAUUUACAAAAUUACGUUUGUAAAAUACAUGUUUCCUCCAGUUUUACUGGCCCUUGUUCAAAGGGCAAAGGCAAAGGGAUCCAUCCUCUGUCUAGGUUGUUACCAACUCUAAGGUAGGCUGAGCAUGACUUCAUGAGGGUUAGCUAUAUUGUGUUCAACAAAUUGGAAUAUUCUCAAUUGUACUUGCCACAUGUGCCUAAGACCAAUAUUGCUUCUAACACCUAAAUCCUAAAAUUUCUUUGCCCAAGACUGCUAAACUUAGACCUUCACAGUUAGCCGAUCUUUGUGGAUUUUCUCAAUCUGUCGACUUAACAAGUUUCUAACACAACAGGCAAUCUUUCUCCCUUGUGGAGUCGCUAGACAUUUGCUAUUAGUAAGCAUAAGAGCAUGAAGAAAUUUGCACCAGACCCAUACUCUUAAGGUGAAUUGGAGUUUUAAUUUAAAUUCUUUUCUAACCAGUCUGAUCAUUUUUAGACCUACUUUGGUUUUGGUUAUAAUGUGAGCCUUUGUUGGCUUUGUGGAUGCUUUUCACUAUAGGGCAAGUCCGUCAUGGAGUGUGUGUGUGUGUGUGUGUGUGUGUGUGUGUGUGUGUGUGUGUGAUUAUUAAGUUCUGUUUACAAUUAAAGAGACUUAAAUUACAUUGAGAAGUUCACAAUUAUUCGGGCAACUAGGAUAGGUACAUUUCAUUGAAAUCUGAAGUAUGAUUUAAAAAUUACAGAUGACAUUCCCUCCAUCAGAAUCCUCAGUUAAGUGUAUCAAAGCACCCAUGAAGAGAUUACAAAAGCCAGGUGCUCAAGGUGGAUAGCCUUUCAUAUCCUUUGGACUGAGCAUGUUUGUGCUGGCUAAAAAUUAGAGGAGGGAGAGAAAUCUUGUUAGCAAGGGGAAAAAGAAAACCAAUCCAUUGACUCCAAGUUUCGCCGUUAGAAGCAUUUCUACAUUUACAGUCGUAUUGUUUGUUAAAUUUGCAUUGUCAUGGGGAAACACUUUUAUGGAGCCAGUAUCAUUCUCUAAGGACUUGAAAGAAAACCAGAGCUUCUCUUGUAAGGGAAAUUGUGCCAGAAUUGUGCCUUCUCUCUUGAACUGGGGGCAGUAUCGUCCAGCCAAUAAUGCCAACAACUGCCACAUGGAAUUUUGAGUGAAAUUUGAGAAAUGGAGCACAUCUAGGACACAUUGUUCCACUGAUUUCCCCUUAGGUAUUGCUUAUUAUGACAGCAAAUAUUUUGUCAUUUGUUCUUGCCAAGUUGGCUUCCAGUUGCCUUUUACUGUGAAGACUGGACUACAUUUAUUAAGCACUUGCUGUAUCCUUUGAUAGUUCCUCUGUGGCGUUUACCUGCUCGAUGUGACUUGGCCAUCAGCUCAAUGGUAAAACUCCAUUUCCCCAAAUAGCCUUUGAAUGUGCCAAUUUGGGGCACGUCAGCUCCUUUAAGGUUUGAGAAAGAAGGGAGUACUGUCUAGUGAGCAGAGCUGGGAACGGAAUUCCAUGUGGAGUCCAGCACUCCAUUUGAACAGCUGAUAGUGCUACAGUCAAUCAGUAGCUACUUUGGCAAAUCUGGAUAAUAAUUAUACUUCGUCUACCUCACAGGUGUGUUGUGAGAAGCUAUUGGACAUGUAUUUUCUAAGUGCAGAUGGUCCUCAUGGGAAAUACAAAAGCCCUGUGCUCCCUGAUUUCUUUUGUUAUAAUUAUCUUUGAUACUGACAGGAUGGCUACUCUGAAUUUUCUAGGUGAGUCUAACACAGCGUCUACACAUUUUGCAGUUAAACAGUUUGAGAACGUGUCUUCACAGAUCAUGAAAAACUGAAUACAAAUGACUGUUGUUCUUAAAUUCCAAGUCAACCCUCGAAUGUUACCUUAGUCAUCUUUUGCUCUAAUUUCUUAAAGCUUUGAAAUGCCUGCAGAGGCUGCCUUAAUUAAUCGCCACGCAACUUGCUGUCCAUAACGUUUGUGAUUACUGGGUGUACACAGUUUUGAAUGUGUAAUAGUUACGUUGCCCCAGAACUGGGAAGUGCUCGAAACAUGAUCAUAUCUGCAUAAAGCAUGUUUGUAUUUUGUAUUCUGUCAUACACGUGUGCUCUUGUAUCUAAGAAAUACUUUUUUGGUGCAAAAACAAAACAAAAAAAUGACAAUAAAUGACCACAGAGGUCCAUCCUUUUGA